AUGCCCAGGGCAGACACCCCAAACCCCUUCUCCGGGCCAAUCCAAUCCCUUCUCACCCCUAGAAACCAUUCCCCGACGCCAACACCAGCCGAGACAGCGGCCGAUCUUGUCAACUCUGUAACUACUUCUUCAGACCCGGCCCACGCGCUCUGGGAACUCGACCCUCACCUUGCCCUCCUCGCCACCCUCCGCGCGCACCCACCAACGCAGCUUAACUUACGCGCAAGAUGCAAUGCUAGCAGCUCUAUCGAAGCCGACGGAAAGCCACACUGGCAGAAACUGCCGCAGUUCAGCGCGCAGUGGCGCGAUGUGCAUGAUAUCCUCGAGGCCUGGCGCGACUGGGAUGGUGUGCGUGAUUCGGGUGCGGAUAACUCUACUAUUAGUACGUUAAGUAGCAGUGGCGGAGAGUACUUUCUCCGUUUCUGUGUAUUCUCAGCUGCGCUUCUAAAAGCGAGUAAAGGUAAAGGCAACGUGCAUCUUAUAUGGGGUUUCUUUGCGUGUUGCGACGGGCUAGAGUGUGAUGGACCUUAUUCACGCCUACAAAAAGCGCGUAGGAUGUUGUCGGAACAGCUGUGGGCGCUGGAUGCCUAG